AUGCAACGCAGAGCUAACCGGAACAUUGCGAAGAGCAGUAGUGCUGGGGUUAAGACCGAAUAUACGGCCGCAAGUCAAUCACGCAGUGUGCAACUGAAAAGCGGUGGGGAUAGUAACGGUAGUCAUAGUGACGGUAGUAGCAGCAGCAACAGUACCUCUGAUGUGGGUACCUCAGUCAAACCUGAACCGAGUGUGGAUGUAAAAACCGAAGGUGGAAUAUUCCACGCAGCUGAAAGCAGUGUAAAAGAAGAGACUCAUACCGAACCCCUGACAAAUUCUGCUGCCGACGAUAAGUCUAUCGCUGAUAAUGCUACUGUCGAUGAUGCUACUGCCAGUGAUGCUACCACCGGUAACGCUUCGGCCGGUGAUGCUACGGCCGGUGGUGCUGCCGGUGGCAGUACUGGUGCGUCCGAUGGUCGACAAGAGCGGGGCACGACUCCGAUGCGUCAAAG